GCAAGUUUGACUCACACUCAACCAGACCAGUCAGACCAUUUGCAAGUCCUAUGAUAGGAGCCCACGCUAUUUCAUUGAGCACUUCGCAUAGCUCUCUUGAUGAACGCAAGAUUUGGAAGACCAAUGCGCCGUGUGUGGAAUCAGUAGAGUGUAUAGAGCUGGGGAUAAUCGAGGCGAUUAGCGUGUUCUCUGUUGGGACUUUAACGCUUGAUUUGCAAAAGAGAAAGGGGUUCGGUUAACCAAACGGGAGUGAAUUGGAACAGCUGAAACUCCAUCGAUCGAGGCGAACACAGCCAGAUAGUCAACCCAGCAGGGUGGACACACAUUGGCUUUCGUUUGAUUGUAAGAUUUCAGUGGAGGGAGGUAUUGCUGUACUUCAGGAGACAAGAGUGAAAAGGUGGCCCAGGAGUAGGAGAGGGGCAGAAGAGCUCGGCCAACCAAAGAAGUGACCAGCACCGCGACCGAGUUUGGGUCUUCUCUGCCAGUCGAGCCGCCAUGUCGUUGACCUCGUUCCACAUCAUGCAGACGCUGAAGAACUCGCCGGCGGCCAUCCGACGCAAGUUCCGGCGUGACCGCAUCGAGAGCCUCUCGCAUGGUGACCCCAUCUUCAAGGCUCACUACCUGGGCACCAAGAAGAUCUUCUCGCUGGACCUGGAGCAGGCCGAAGACGCCAUCGAGCGCCUUCUGGGCGAUGCGCCGGCCCCGGGCAAGCUGGGCAAGGACCACGCCCUGGUGGUGCGCCCGCGCUACGUGGAGGUGAAGGAGCUCAGCACGGGCCGGCAGCUGACCAAGACCUACCUGCAGGACAUCGCCUACUGUGCCUCGCACACCACCCGGCCCAACGUCUUCCUCUACAUCUGCCGGCAGCCCGGUCAGCAGCUGCAGUGCCGCGUCUUCUGGUGUAGCCGGGCCGAGAGGGCCAAGGACAUGACGGCCUGCCUGGCGCGCUCCUUCCAGAGGGCCCUCAACGACUGGCAGGACGGGGGUAGUGCCACACUUCCGCAGCCCGAGACGCGGGCAAAAGAGGACGAGGUGCCGUCGUCACCCAAUUCAACCAAAGGCUCGACUCUACCAGCCAGUCUUGGGAAAGUUCGCUGGAAGAGGAGAGGAUCAGUGUCGCGCAGCCCCCUCAGAGCCAUCACCCGGAGAGGCUCCGCUAGCGACAGCUGGCACUGAGACGUCCAGAAGGCCCAGGGGCAAACUUCCAUGACAGACUGCCGACUGGUUCAUUUUUCGUCCCCCUCUUUUGUAGGUGGCAGUGUUUUAGGGGGAGGUUGG